CAACAAAGAAGCACUCACGUUCCCUUUUAUCUUUUCUAUAAUCCCACCUAAUAACAUCCUCUAUAUUAAUGCAUGUAAUGAUUCAUUUUCUUUUUAUUUGUCAUUGUUUUAUUUGGUGUGAUUAUUAUACUUCCAAACACUUCUUAUUAACAUGUCACCCCUCAUAUCACCACCACCACCGUCGCCGCCAGAACCACCAGAGGCGCCAUCCGUCUAUUGCACGCCUUCGCCGCAAUCGAAAGCCACCACCCCCUCUCCCACCACGCGUAGUUUCCUUUCAAGACAACACUCAUAUAUCAAACCAUCCCCUCUUACCAAACAUGUCUUGUCAAGACUACAAUCAUCAAAUUCCACAAUUUCAAACGUGUUAUCACCCGAGUUUCCACACGAACAUGACACCACGAAAUCAAGAGUUCGACUCUUGUUAAGGAAACACCGCCGCACGAAUCCAGCCGUGUGGUGUGUUGCUAUAAUAUGUUUAAUAUUUUGCCUACUUGUAAUAUUCUUUGGAAUUGCAACUUUGAUCAUUUUUCUAGUUGUCAAGCCAAAAACACCCAUUCUUGACACUAGCCAUGCAACCCUAAACGGUAUAUAUUUCGACUCGCCGGGCCAUUUCAACGGUGACUUCACUUUCAUUGCAAAUUUCUCCAAUCCCAACAAGAAACUCAACGUUAAAUUCGAGCAUGCGUUCAUGCAACUAUACUUCAAAGAUGAUGUGAUCGCUACGCAAUCAAUUCAACCAUUUAGCCAAAGAAGUAAGGAGACUGGAGUGGUGGUGAUUCACUUCAUAUCAAGUUUGGUCACUUUGCCACCAAGCUAUGCAAAGGAACUUCAAACACAAGUUUUGAGUAAUAAAGUUUUAUAUAGUGUGAGAGGGACCUUUAAGGUGCGAGCUAGUUGGGGUGCGGUUCACUUUUCUUAUUGGUUGCAUGGAUGGUGUGAGUUGCAAAUGAGUAGUCCUCCAUCCGGUUCACUCAGGGCUCGAACUUGCAAGACCAAGAGAUGAAAAAGAUAUUUUUGUUUGCUUAUUUUAUUUAUAUUAUGGUUUUGUUAAAUGGGUUGAGAAUUGAGAUGUGAAUUAGCUCAAUUUAUGUUUUCAUGUGUA